GUAAAUCCAACAAUUGUGAAUUUUAACCAGUGCCAUAAAUUCGGGCAUAAAUUGUGCGAAAUUCAAUUAUAUUUGUUAUACCUGAGUGAUUUACUUGCAGGAAGUGGGUUGGGGCUAGCGUAUCUCCCAGCUAUGGUGAUAAUUAACCAACAUUUUGACAAGAAAAAGACAUUUGCCUUUGGGAUUGCAGUAUCUGGUGUUGGAUGCGGUUCAUUUAUAUACCCGCCAUUGAUCGAGUUCCUCAAUAAGGAAUACGGUUGGCGUGGGGCUUUGACCAUAUUGUCAGCCAUUGGAUUGAACAUCUGUGCAUGCGGUGCAUUUAUGCGUCCAUUUAAAAAUAACUCAACACUGAAAAUAGAAAGGGAAUCUAGCAUGACAAAAGAGGAAAAACUUUUUAACUUUGCCAUAUUUAAAUCGUUGGAUUUUGAUAUAUUAUGCUAUAAUAAUGUAGCAAUCUGUUUUGGAAUAUCUGUAGUGUAUUCGCAUCUGUCGGAAUACUCCUUACUAAUGGGUAUAGGUGGUAACGAAAGUUUCAUGUUGUUCUCUGUUGUUGGAAUUACAAAUCUCGCCGGACGAUUUAUUUUUGGAGCAAUUGGCCACCAUCCAUUAACAGAUGAAGUGCUUCUUUAUAUAUGCACAUUUUUUAUAAGUGGUGCAGUUACAAUAGCUGUGCCUCUUCUAACCCAAUAUGGGGCGCUUCUUGCAUACUCUGCAACAUUUGGAUUUUUCAGCGCAUCCUAUGGAGUACUUUUACCAGGAAUGAUUUGUGAAUUCUUGGGAGCCAGUGAAUUAGCCAGUGGUCUUGGUGCGAUUCUUCCAUUUUGCGCAUUAGGGACCAUGCUUGGGGGCCCAGCCGCUGGUUUCUUGUACGACAGCCUUCAUUCGUACAACUGGUCAUUUAUUGUUGGAGGCGGCGUUAUUGUUACUAGUGCAAUAAGCAUAAUUGUGCCGUUUUGGCGCAAAAAACACCUUAAAGUAGCUAUGGGAGGAACAAAGAAUAAUCCAGAUAAUCAUCAUGAAAUUGAAUCAAAUAUUAUUCCAACCCCAAUGGACAACUGUGAAGGUGAUAUUCUUGAUGCUGAAACGGAAGAGAGUGACAACCUCUUAAAGGUUGAUGGCCGUUUUGUGCCUACAGUUGUUGAUAUUUGAUCCCGGACAUGAAAUCCAUGGUCUGAUACGGUGUCAUGGUAACUGGUCAACUCGUACCCAAGACAAGUCGUACCCAAGACAACUCGUACCCAAGACAAGUCGUACCCAAGACAACUCGUACCUCAGUAUAUAUUUUGUUUUGAACCAAGCAUUGGACUGGGAAUGUGUAUAGAUAUACAUAUUAUAAUUGUAAUAUACUGUUCAGAAGUUUGAAGAAUUUUCAGAAGAAAUUAAUUUAAUUUUGUGACAUUUUGAGCUUUUGACUAUCAUUUUAUAUUGAAUGUUCGAGUGAAGAGACAUAUGUUUAUUCCACACAUUCAUAAUCAUUUUUCAAAAUAUUGUAUGUUUAUGAGUUUUUGGAACAAGUGUCAGAUUUAAUUCAUCUUGAAAGAUGGUAUCAUUAUAAAUGUAUAGAUUUAUCAAAUCUUGGGCCUAAUUUCUUAUUAAACACUAGAUAAUCUAUUUGUCUAGGAUUUCAUAUUAUCAGAAGUCAUAUUCAUGAAAUUUAGCAAUAAAAUAUUUUGAAUAAUAUAAUAUAUAUAAAAAUUUAUAAUAUUAAUAUCAAAUAUUAUUUUGGUACUUAUUCAUACUUGAUAUAUUAUUGCACUUAGUAUGCAUGUGCUCAAACAUAAUCCAAUUUAGUUCCAAUUGGAAAAAAAAUUAACAGAUUAAACUUCCUUUAAACUUUCUCAAUGCACUAAAUUAAUUGUUUGAUUCAUUUGUAGAAAAGUCACUGUUGUAAUUAUAUUCAUUUAUAUAUAUGUUUGACAAAAAAUGUUGAGAACAAGCACUUCAAGCACUUCUUUUAUAAUAAAAAAGGUGAUUCAAGUUAAAUCAAAAUGCUUUACUUAAUCCAUUGAGAAAAAAUGUCUUCUAAAUUCAAAAAAAUAUUGACGCUUAUUUGAGUCACAUUAUAACAUGAAAACAUUAUUAUAUAAACUCAAUUUGUUUUCCUAAUAUGCACCCAUAAUACUGGAAAUAACUUGAGUACGAGUUAUCUUGGGUACGAGUUGUCUUGGGUACGAGUUGUCUUGGGUACGAGUUGUCUUGGGUACGACUUGUCUUGGGUACGAG